AUGGAACUCAUGUUCGCAGAGUGGGAGGACGGGGAGAGGUUUUCAUUUGAAGACUCCGAUCGCUUUGAAGAAGACUCUCUUUGUUCCUUCAUCUCUGAGGCAGAGAGCCUUUGCCAGAACUGGAGAGGAUGGAGGAAGCAAUCGGCUGGACCCAAUUCUCCCACUGGGGUUGGUGGUGGUGGUUCAGGCUGGUCAGGGACUGCUAUGCGUGAUGGGCUGGUGAUCCCAUUGGUGGAACUGUCUGCAAAACAGGUUGCAUUUCACAUUCCAUUCGAGGUGGUGGAGAAAGUUUAUCCUCCAGUGCCUGAGCAACUGCAGCUUCGAAUUGCCUUCUGGAGUUUCCCAGAAAAUGAGGAAGAUAUCAGAUUGUACUCGUGUUUGGCAAAUGGCAGUGCAGAUGAGUUCCAGCGAGGGGAGCAGCUGUUCCGGGUGAGGGCUGUCAAAGACCCUCUCCAGAUAGGUUUCCAUCUGAGUGCCACUGUGGUGCCCCCACAGAUGGUGCCACCCAAAGGUGCGUACAACGUGGCGGUGAUGUUUGAUCGAUGCAGGAUCACGUCAUGUAGCUGUACCUGCGGAGCUGGGGCCAAGUGGUGUGCUCACGUCGUGGCGCUCUGCCUCUUCCGGAUACACAAUGCAUCUGCGGUAUGCUUACGAGCACCUGUUUCUGAGUCCUUGUCUCGGCUACAAAGAGACCAAUUGCAAAAAUUUGCUCAGUACCUAAUCAGUGAACUUCCACAACAGAUUCUUCCAACAGCUCAGCGCUUGCUGGAUGAGCUGUUAUCUUCUCAGUCUACUGCCAUCAACACAGUGUGUGGAGCCCCAGAUCCCACUGCUGGACCCUCUGCAUCAGAUCAAAGCACCUGGUACUUAGAUGAAUCUACUCUGAGUGACAACAUAAAGAAAACCCUUCAUAAAUUCUGUGGACCCUCUCCUGUUGUUUUCAGUGAUGUGAAUUCAAUGUAUCUCUCUUCCACGGAGCCACCAGCUGCUGCUGAGUGGGCCUGUCUCCUGCGUCCCCUGCGAGGAAGAGAGCCUGAAGGAAUCUGGAACCUGCUUUCCAUUGUGCGGGAGAUGUUUAAGAGACGGGAUAGCAAUGCAGCUCCUUUGCUGGAGAUUCUGACUGACCAGUGUCUCAACUAUGAGCAGAUAACCGGCUGGUGGUACAGUGUGCGAACAUCUGCAUCACACAGCAGUGCUAGCGGGCACACAGGACGCAGCAAUGGCCAGUCAGAAGUAGCCGCUCAUGCUUGUGCAAGUAUGUGUGAUGAGAUGGUGGUUCUUUGGAGGCUGGCUGUCCUUGACCCAACUAUUAGUCCACAGAGGCGCAGGGACCUUUGCUCACAGCUCAGACAGUGGCAGCUGAAAGUCAUAGAUAAUGUUAAGAGGGGUCAGCACAAGAAAUCACUGGAGAAGCUCUUCCAGGGUUUCAAGCCAGCUGUGGAAGCCUGUUACUUCAACUGGGAGGAAGCUUAUCCCAUUCCUGGGAUCACGUAUAGCAGCACUGACAAGAAGAACUCAUUCUGUUGGGUAAAGGCCAUCCAGCAGAGGAGCUGCCGGUUGCAGUGUGCAGAAGCUGCCUGUGAGGCUGGUAGAACCCAUGGACAGGAGCCUGGGGGACCAUGUCUGCAGCCUGGGGACAGGCUGCGUCCCUCUCCCCAGGAGCCAGCAGUUCGUCCGAAGGAACUUACUGGAAAGCGGAAAGUUGUCUCUGAGACGCCGCAGAGGGUUCUGAGACGACUUUCAGCAGAAGGUGAUAAAGCUGCAUAUAAGACUGCAGUGGGCAAAGCGAAGUUGCCAGUGAGCAAAGGCUUGACCAGUAAACAUAGUGGGAAGCGCCGCAUGAGCAGUGAAGACAGCUCUCUGGAGCCGGACUUGGCAGAGAUGAGCCUGGAUGACAGCAGCUUGGCUCUGGGGGCAGAAGCCAGCAACACAUUUAGUUUUACAGAAAGCCCACUGAGCAGGAGCUACAGGGACACCUUUGAGGAGGAUGGUGGGGUGUACUUUUCUGAGGGACCUGAGCCCAGUGUCAGGAGCAGUUCCAUGGCCAAGAAGUCGCCCAAGGAUCCUGUGGGGGAAAUGGGUAGUGGUGAUGACGACCUGCCUUCUGCAGAUGAGAACAGCGGUGGUGUGAGCCUGAAGCCAGAAGAAGUGGGAGAGAAUGGUGCAGCAGGGGCAGGGGAUGAUGGAGAAGAGGAAGACGAUUACCAGGUAUACUAUCUGAAUCCACAAGAGGUAGCCAAGGAAGAUGAUGACAAAGCUGAAGGGGGAAAUGAAGAGGAGCAGGAUAUAUUUGCCGGUAUAAAGCCUCUGGAGCAGGAGAACCGGAUGGAGAUCCUGUUUGCCUGUGCGGAGGCCCUGUAUGCACACGGAUACAGUAAUGAAGCAUGCCGCUUAACCGUAGAGCUCGCCAGGGACCUGCUGGCCAACCCUCCAGAUCUCAAAGUGGAGCAGCCACCAACUAAGGGCAAAAAGAACAAGGUAUCAACCAGCAAGCAGACAUGGAUGGCAACCAACACCCUGUCUAAAGCUGCUUUCUUGCUGACUGUGUUGAGUGAGCGGCUGGAGUACCACAACCUGGCCUUCCGAAUAGGAAUGUUUGCUCUGGAGCUGCAGAGACCACCUGCCUCUACAAAGGCUCUGGAGGUGAAGCUGGCAUAUCAGGAGUCUGAGAUUGUAGCCCUCUUGAAGAAGAUUCCCUUGGGCACUAAUGAGAUGAACACUAUUCGAGGAAGAGCUGAAGAACUGCGAGAAGGGACGCUAUGUGAUUACCGUCCUGUCCUGCCUCUGAUGUUGGCUAGCUUUAUAUUUGAUGUCCUGUGCACUCCAGUGGUUUCUCCUACAGGCUCUAGACCCCCAAGCCGUAAUUGGAAUAAUGAAAUGCCCGGAGAUGAAGAGCUUGGUUUUGAGGCGGCUGUUGCUGCUCUUGGCAUGAAAACAACUGUCAGUGAAGCAGAACAUCCUCUGUUGUGUGAAGGCACCCGAAGGGAGAAAGGGGAUCUGGCACUAGCCCUGAUGAUUACUUAUAAGGAUGAUCAGUCUAAGCUAAAGAAGAUUUUAGACAAACUCCUGGACAGAGAGAGUCAAACUCACAAACCACAGACUCUGAGUUCCUUCUACUCAUCCAGCAAGCCUACAGUAGCAAAUCAAAAAUCUCCUUCCAAACAUGCUGCCCAGUCCACUGCAGCUAUCCAGCAGCUUCCAGGGACUUCUGUCACUCAGCAAGCUGCUGUAAGCACUGCAGUCCAGAGCAGUCCUGAGAACUUCGUGGAGAAGAGUGCACAGGAGAGCUCUCAGAGGUCCCCCUGUGAGCCAGCUGCGGAGGCCACUGUCUUGAAACAAGAGGGAAAGGUCCCCAGUCGUCUGGCCCUUGGAAACCGAGGUGGAUACAAUGGGAGAUGCUGGGGUUCGCCUGUCAGGCAGAAGAAGAAACACACAGGCAUGGCUAGUAUUGACAGCAGCGCUCCUGAAACCACCUCUGACAGUUCUCCAACGCUCAGUCGGCGUCCGCUACGUGGGGGAUGGGCAACAACAUCCUGGGGCAGAGGACAGGACAGUGACAGCAUCAGCAGUUCCUCAAGUGAUUCACUGGGAUCUUCCUCUUCCAGUGGCAGUAGGAGAGCCAGUGGGGGAGCCCGUGCAAAGACUGUGGAAGUUGGCAGGUAUAAAGGGAGGCGGCUGGAGAGCCAUGCUCCUCAUGUCCCAAACCAGCCCUCAGAGGCAGCCGCUCACUUCUACUUCGAAUUGGCCAAGACAGUCCUUAUCAAAGCAGGUGGAAACAGCAGUACCUCUAUCUUCACCCACCCUUCCUCCAGUGGUGGGCACCAGGGACCACACCGCAACCUUCACCUCUGCGCCUUCGAGAUUGGGCUGUAUGCACUAGGGCUGCACAACUUCGUGUCUCCCAACUGGCUCUCUCGAACUUACUCCUCCCAUGUCUCUUGGAUCACAGGGCAGGCCAUGGAGAUCGGUAGCGCAGCCUUGAACAUCUUGGUGGAGUGUUGGGACGGACAUCUGACUCCCCCAGAGGUGGCAUCAUUGGCAGACAGAGCUUCACGGGCCAGAGACUCCAACAUGGUGCGGGCAGCUGCUGAACUGGCACUCAGCUGCCUGCCCCAUGCCCAUGCCCUGAACCCAAAUGAGAUCCAGAGGGCUCUGGUGCAGUGUAAGGAACAGGACAAUCUGAUGCUGGAAAAGGCCUGUAUGGCAGUAGAAGAGGCAGCCAAAGGAGGUGGCGUGUAUCCAGAAGUCCUCUUUGAAGUAGCUCACCAGUGGUACUGGCUUUACGAACAGACUGUUGGUGGGACCCCAGCCCAGAGAGAAGGUGCCACUGGCUGCAGUGCCAGUGGUGCACGGGCUGCUUCUGAAGCAGCACGUGGGUUGACAGACAACCGGGUGACCUCUGAGCCGACCACUGUAACAGUGGCAGCUGCGGUAACCGCGGCAGCAACAGUCAUGCCGGUGAUCUCUGUGGGGUCGACCAUGUACCAGCAGCAUACAAUGGCAGGGCCGGCAAUGGCACAUACACACACGCAGGGUCUCCACCCUUACACCACCCUUCAGACUCACAUCCCCUGUAAUCCCCAGUAUAUUGGACACACUAUCCAGCACAUGCCGCGCCCAGCUGUCUUCCCGGUCCCUGGCUCAGCGUACCCGCAGGGUGUCCAUCCAGCGUUCAUAGGAGCGCAGUACCCUUAUUCGGUAACAACACCAUCAUUGGCAGCUACAGCAGUGUCAUUCCCUGGUGUGCCCGUCCCCUCCAUGACGCAGAUUGCGGUGCAUCCCUACCACAGUGAGACAGGACUGUCACUGUCUUCCAAUGUAGCGAGUAAGUGUUGCAGCUCUGGGCUGUUAGGAAGUGUCCAUGCAGGAUCAACGUUCCCAGCGAUUCAGGGGGCUUCCUUGACAACUCUGUCCUCACAGCCCAACUCCCUUGUUACAGGGGGUUUUCCUGCCGAGGAUGAGCAGCACAGUCAGCCUGUGAGCCCCCAGGGUCUGCACUACCUCCACUCCGCAUACCGAGUUGGGAUGCUGGCUCUGGAGAUGCUUGGCCGAAGAGCUCACAACGACCAUCCCAACAACUUCUCCCGCAGCCCACCCUACACGGAGGAUGUAAAAUGGCUCCUUGGGUUAGCUGCGAAGUUAGGUGUAAACUACGUGCAUCAGUUUUGCGUUGGUGCAGCCAAGGGGGUGCUGAGCCCUUUUGUGCUCCAGGAGAUCAUCAUGGAAGCUCUACAGAGGCUCAACCCUGCCCAUGUGCACAACCACCUGCGCACUCCAGCCUUCCACCAGCUGGUGCAGAGGUGCCAGCAGGCCUACCUGCAGUACAUCCAUCAUCGGCUGAUCCAUCUCACUCCAGCUGACUACGAUGACUUUGUGAAUGCCAUCCGCAGCGCCAGAAGCGCCUUCUGCCUGACUCCCAUGGGCAUGAUGCAGUUUAAUGAUAUUCUCCAGAACCUAAAGCGCAGCAAGCAGACAAAGGAGCUGUGGCAAAGGGUCUCUCUGGAAAUGACCACCUUCUCGCCGUGACAGCAGGCAGAGCUCCAUGGACACAACAACCCUUUGCCCCGCAUAGUUGUAGUUCCAUUUACACCAUCCUUCCUUCUGGUGUCUUUUUUAUUUUAGUUUUAACUUGUUGGAAACCACUGAUCUGAUGUAUUUAUACCAUGACAUUCCUCUCCAGCACUGUUGCGUGUUGGCACUCUGCUUUGCUCGCUCUUCCUCCUCCUUCCCAGUGGGCUGCAGGCUUCAGAAGCAUCAGGAAACGAGAAGGAAGUUGAGCUGGCUGCCCUGUGGUGUAGUCACCGCUUUUUUCCCUGAGCACCUGGAGGCUGUCCUGCGAGCAGUUUGCAGUGUGAUUACGCACGUGUUAGAGGGGUGGGGGAUUCUGUCUUAAAUAUUUAUUUUGGCAUUUAUAAAUAUGUAAACUUUUUUUUUUGUAUGGGCUUCUCUUACUCCACACACCAACUCCUGUCGGGAGAGGCUGGGACUGCUGUGCACAGCCAGUGCUCCCUCCAUUCCUUUCAGCACCUCCUGCUGAGAGAAGCUGAGACUGGAGUAGCAGGGUCAGGGCCACCUCUGCAGCUUUCUGCAGCAGCUGCUGAGGGCAGAGGCUGAAGCUUGGGCAGUCAGAGUCCGUGACUGUGCUGAGCUGCCUGGAGGCUGCCAGAAGUGCUUGGGCUCUUUCUCAGGAGUGUCCCUCGCUGGGCACUGUUGGCUCAUAGGAUGUUUUGAUCCUGGUUGUUCUGAGUUGUACAAUCGUGUUUCUUUUGGCUGGGGUAUUACUCUCCUGUAAUCAGUUUCUUAUCCCUUGUCUCUUCUCGUUUCCUGAUUAAACACUCGUUUUCUUAGACUGA